UAACAGUUAUCAUUAUUGGAUGCAUUCCUUCUGCUCUUGAGUUGAAAGACUCUCAGAGACUUUGCAGUGCAGCAGCCCCUAACCCUCGCUCUUUCUUUCGACUCGACUUAAGCUUAGUCUGUGCCAGACUCUGCACUAAGUUGUUUUCAAUUGUCACUGCUUUCAUCAGUCUCAGCUGGUCCGGCAGCAUCUCUAGGCCACCAACCGAAAGGCACGUACUACUGAGAAAAUCACAGGCUACAAAACAACAGCUUAAUCAUUGAGGACUAUUUUUUAAACAAAAUUGCAAGGGGAACUGCUUUUUUCCAUUACAAUCAACCAAUGGAGAUACACAGAGUAGUUUGCAGCAGUGCCACUGGCGGGCCUCCAUCAUUGGGCCUCAACUCGGACUGUCGCCGACUAGUGGACUGCGAAGAGGAAGAGGAGGAAGAAGAAGAAGAAGAGAUAUGCAUGCGAGAGGCGACCAUACUACACGAUCAUUCCAACGGUGGUGCGUCCAGCUCUGAAGGCUCCCCAUCACCUUCUCCAUCGCUACAGGACGCCAUGGAUAGCAGCACAGAAGGCGCUUCUGGCUGCCAGUCGCAGCAAAACCCCGUUAAGCAGUGGUCUUACGAGGAGCAAUUCCGACAGCUAUAUAACCUCUCUGACGAAUCGGACAGAAAAGAUUUCUUGGAUAAACUUUUUGAUUACAUGGCUAAAAAAGGGACCCCCAUUACAAGAAUACCCAUAAUGGCGAAACAGCCCCUAGAUAUGUACAAGCUAUUUAAAUUGGUCGUAGAGAGGGGCGGACUAGUAGAGGUGAUCAAGAAAAAAGCAUGGAGGGACAUAGCAAAGGAACUUAAUCUUCCAGCUUCUAUAACAAGUGCAGCUUUCACUAUGCGCUCACAAUAUGUAAAAUACCUUUAUCCAUACGAAUGUGAAGUAGAAUCUCUCUCCGAUCCCAAAGAGCUUCAACUGGCCAUAGAGAGUAACAAAAGAGAUAGGAGACACAGCGACAACAUAGAGUACAUUCAACACCCUGGGAGUACCGGAAGAGAGACAGAGAGACGAGAGGCUCUAGUCUCACAACCAGCAUACGCAGUGACAGGGACUCCCAGCGGACUUCAUCUCAUUAGCUCGCCCGGAACAGUAGCGCUACCACAUUCAAACAUGCCUCCUUAUUCAGGCGGGUUUAUCAUCACACCCAGUGGACAUCACAUUGUACAUACACCACGAAUGACGACGGCAGCUGCUCCACAGCUAUUACAAAUGGGUGCAGCCCAUCCACAACUACCAAUCGUUGUCCCAUCAACGACUCUACCUGGAGCAUCGCCAUUAGCUACAGCAAUGAUACCCCUAAAAUCCGAGUCCUCUAGUCCUUCGUUGACCGAUCGUAAGGGCCAGGAUGAGAGAGAGACUCCUACUCCACCUCCUCCCCAGAUCCCAGUUUUAUUCCACACGGCUGCAGGGCUACAGGCAGCCCUUACUCCAGGUCAGUCUGGAGGAAUGAUACACAUGACUGGUGGAGGGGAGCUUCCGUUGGAGAGGAGGCAUGAGAUCAGUGUGAGAGAGAGGGUAGAACAAGUGGAAGAGCCUCCUGCAAAAAAGAUGGCAAUUGACACAAGCAGCAGUGGUACAGAUAAUGCCAUAUCCAGUAGUAGAAUGCCUUUCACAAAUAUCUCAAUUAAACCAACUACAGGUGCAAACAACUUGGAAACCAGCCCUUCGAUAUUGGUUCAAAUUGAACUGAACAACAUCAUAUACCAGGGAGUCCUCUUUGCCAGGCCCAUACACGCCAGCCAGACUCUCUCCUCUCCCCCUCCGAGAUGAUGCCCUAUGCUCAUUACAAUGACAGAACUCACAGGAUUAUUUUUCAAGAUACUAUUGUCAAGUCUCUCCUUUUCUCAUAUUUCUUCUCCAUUGCAUGUCGCUGGAUAGCUGCUUUGAGCAGCAGCUACUGGAGUGCUUGCAUCAACAAGGACACAUCAGCACAUAAGCAGACACACACCUGCACACAUCAUUCAUAUUUUUGAACACAGACAUACAUAUCCACACAGAGCUACUUUUUUUCUCUUUCUCCAACACUUCUUGCCUUUUUCCACUUAUAGAUAUUACAUGUGUAUUAUCAACAUAAAUUAUUAUCAUUAUUAUUGUUAUUAUUUAAGAAACCAAUAGACAUGAUUUUUC